AUGUCUCGCCCAUUUCCAUAUACAUACAUCUCCUGCCCCUGCGCCGAUUCUCCAGUCCCCGACCCGGCCAGGAAACGAAGAUCGAGAGAGUCCCCCCAGAAAGCGAACCCCGAUGCUCCAGGGACAGACGAAAAGGGAACGAUAACGGAGGAUGAAGAGGAGGAACAGACGUUCGACCCGCGAUCUCCACGUUCCAACUUCUCGCUCUACCCUCCGGAACAGCUUCUCUACUGUGAAGAUUGCCAUCAGAUCAAGUGUCCGCGAUGUAUAACGGAGGAGAUUGUGUGUUGGUAUUGUCCGAAUUGUCUGUUCGAGACUCCGAGUAGUAUGGUGCGGAGUGAGGGUAAUCGAUGCGCGAGAAAUUGCUUCAACUGUCCUAUUUGCACUGCGCCUUUGUCAGUAAGCACGCUGGAGAAUGUCACAGGGAACGGGUCUCAGCAAGGUCCCUGGGUGCUGUCCUGCGGAUAUUGCAUGUGGACGACGCUGGAUAUUGGCAUCAAGUUCGACAAGCCCACGAACAUCCGAACUCAGCUCUCCAAGAUGACAGACGCGACCUCUCGAGGGAGGCAAAUGUCCAGAUCUUUGGGUGAUCUCAAGUCGCCUUUAUCCACCUACGCUUCCAUUGAUGAGCACUUCUCGGCCACUGAGGAUGGAGGACCUGACCAGUCUACAGAGCCUCUUGGUGCAGAUGCUAGAUUCGCGGCCUUGAAGGGUUUUUACAGGAACCAGAUCGCGGAGACUAGUACAUCGCCUAAUGACCCUUUAGGGACGGAUUUCGCGGGUGGGUUUGCUUCACCUGGAGCCCUGAACCGUAUCAUGUCGCUUUACAACUCGUCUUCCCGGCUGAGCAGCCUCUACAACAAGAAACCCAAGUCCAAGCCUCCAGUGAUGAGAGAGGCCCUCACGGCAAGCGAAGGUCUUAUGGUCCCAGCGCCUGGUGCAGAAGAUGCGGUGGUCCGACGUAUGGCUUCCGACGAGUGCGGAUGGGAUGGUGUCGCUUCCGUCGAGCAACGUUCCUUCCAGCCCCCCGACGCCCGAUUCGCGGACGAUCUUCUCCCCCUGCCUGUGUUGCUUCGAACCAAGCGCUCUAAACGUUGCAAGUCCUGCAAGCACAUUCUCGUCAAACCCGAGUUCAAACCACAGUCAACCCGUUUCCGUAUCCGUCUGAUCGCCCUCAGUUACAUCCCUCUCGCGACAUUACGCCCUCUCACCAUCUCUCCACCACAGCCAGGUUAUCCCACAACCGCACCAACGGUUCCAAAUCUCGACUCCUUACCGCCUCUAAAACCAGUCCAGCUCCUCCUCACCUUGAAAAACCACAUGUUCGACCCCGUUCGAGUGACCCUAGCCACACCAUCCGUGGCACCAGGCCGUGUAGGCACCAAAGUCACAAUCCUCUGCCCGCAACUUGAUAUCGGCGCUAACAGCGAUGUCUGGGACGAAGCCCUACAAGGCACUGCACCAGGUGAACAGCGCUCCUCCCGCUCCGGCGCAAUAGGCAUCGGAUACGAGAAAGUCGCAGAGGCAGGAAAAGUCUGGGACAAAGGUCGAAACUGGACAACAGUCGCAAUAGAAGUCGUUCCAGGAACGCUACCAGGUGGUGGUCGUCGUGCCUUUAGGGCGAAUAACGACUUUAACGAUAGCGACGACGAUGACGACGAUGACAGCAUCGAUGAAAAGAACUUCAACUGGAGCGGCCAAUCCAAGGACCCCAGUGAAAAGCUCCAGCCGGAUGAAGACGUGCUUGAGAUUCCGAUCUUUGUUAGGAUGGAAUGGGACUCGGAGAAUCAGAUUGAGCAGUCUGUUAGUAAGAGUUCUGAUACUGUUAAGAGGGAGUUGGCAUAUUGGAUGGUUCUGGGGGUGGGGAGGAUUUCGCCGAAUUUGGAGGGUUGA